AUGUCAAAUCGUCAACAGAUAGACUCCGUCAUUGAUGAUGACGAUGAGUUUUGCCCUCUUUGCAUUGAAGAAUUUGAUUUGUCGGACAAAAACUUCAAGCCGUGUCCCUGCGGGUAUCAGAUCUGUCAAUUUUGCUACAACAAUAUCAAGACCCAUAGCGAAGAAGGUCGAUGCCCCAACUGCAGGCGGCCUUACGAUGACAGUACCAUACAAUAUAAGGUCCCCGACGCAGACGAAUUCAAAGCCGACUUGGCCUUGAAGCAUCGAAAGGCCGCAGCCGCGAAGAAGAAAGAAGCGGAAAGGCGCGAGAUCGAAGCAUCCAGUCGCAAGAAUUUGGCCGGUGUUCGCGUUGUGCAAAAGAACCUGGUCUACGUGAUCGGCCUCAACCCCACAAUACGUGACGAAAACCAGCUUUUGCAGACACUCCGUGGAAGAGACUACUUUGGCCAAUACGGCGACAUCGAGAAGAUCGUGGUCAGCAAGGCAAAGCCUGGCGGCAACCCCAACCAGGGUAUCGGCGUCUACGUGACCUACGCGAGGAAGUCCGAUGCUGCAACCUGUAUAACUUCGGUGGACGGGUCAGCGAACGGUGAUCGGGUCCUGAGGGCGCAAUACGGGACAACGAAAUACUGUUCUUCCUUCUUGCGUAAUGAGCAAUGCCAUAACCGGAACUGCACCUUCUUACACGAAACGGGCGAGGAUAGCGACAGCUAUAGUCGGCAGGAUCUUUCUUCGAUGAACACUCUUUCGAGCCAACGUCCGAAUGCCUCCCCUAGCGGUCCGACCCAUUCCGUUCCUUCGCACGUCACCCGCUCAUCGGCUCAGCCGAUCUCACAACCGAUGCGCCGCCAACCAAGCAAGGAUGAUGCUACCGGCAGCCGUCCGCCUGACGGGUCAGCUUUGCCGUUGUCGGCGAGCUGGGCCAACAAGGACGCUCCCAUUAACCGCACGAGGCGCGCUAGUUUGACCGGCAGCCAACCUUCGCAAAGCCCUCGACCUGCCAUGGCUACCGUUGCGACAGGAACCGAGGAGCCAAAGCGAGCCGACAAACAACCGGUGAACGCGCCGGGUCGCCAAACGCCGUCGUUGCCCAACCCACCCUCAGCCCCUCAAUCCCCCGAAGCACCUCCACCACCGUCCGAACCCGAAACGCCUCUGCUGGAUAAUUUGAUUAAGGCCGUCAACUCUCCCGAGUUCAAGUUCGUCUUCUCGACGGCUGGUCUGCCAGCAGAGGAGAUUGCUCUCAUCGAAAAUCACCCCUCGUUCAUCGAUCCAUACGGGGGUGUCAAGCGCCGGGCUAUGCGGGAGAGGGCAGAAAAGGAACGUGCCAAAAGAGAACAGGAGCUGCUGCAAUCGACCACUGCGGAAGAGGAGUCUCGCGAGAGCGGGAGUUUGCAACUUGGUGGAGAACCAGAUGAUCCUCAUCCCGUCAGAGGUCGUGGGAGUCGCGAGUCCCACGGCGCCAUUCAGCCCCCGUCCCAACAGGGCACAACCACGAACUCCACCGUCGGCUCGCCAGUUUCUGCGGCAAGCCAUCAGUUCCAAGGCCUUAAUCUUGGCGGCCGCAGCCUGACUCCUCUCCAGCAGCAACAGCUCAUGCUUCUCAAGUCCGCCAACAAUCAGCAGGCCGGCAUCGUGGAUCCGAUACAAAGUGGACUUGGCUCCGCUGCUUUUGAUCAAGCCCAAGUCCGGCAAGGCCUCUUGCAGAGUCAGAUGGCUCAGUUCAAUGCCUUGCAAGCGCAGAACCGUCAGAAUUCUCGAUUCUCUUUCGCCAACGAAGCCGGUUCUAAGAACCUUCCCAAUGUCCGCAUGCUGAACCAACAGGCGUCUUUGAUGCAGUCCGCAACACCCAAUCCCCUGGCGGCUCCCAGUCCUCAACAUGGGCUCGGCGGCAAUUUCUACACCAGUGGCGUCCAGGGCCCUCCCCCUGGGCUGAAGACGGCCGGCACGCCCCCCAUCAGCGGCGGAGGAAUGUUUGCUCAAGGGCACGGAUUCACUAGUUCCAAUCUUGGACUCGGUGGUAAUGUCGGAAAGCAGGAGGCUAAUCCGGAGUUGAUGCGCGAACUGCUGCGAGGCCGCAGCGGGACGAACCCCAGUGGACUACAGGGGCAGGAUGCCGCAAAGCGUGAGUUCAUGUUUCCUUUCCUCCAACAGCACCAGACCCCCCCUCCCCUGACUCCUGCCAAUGGCCUUCUCAGCUCUUUCUAUGGCUCUCAGGCGGGGAAUAUCUCCGAGGCUGGGUCACAGAAGCAGAAGAAGAAGGGGAAGAAGCACAGACACGCUAACACUUCCUCCGGCGGAGGCGGUGUAGUAGAUCUUGCGGACCCGAGUAUCCUGCAGGCAAGGAUGCACCAGGUGGGUGCUAAUGCAGCUGCUGGACAAGCAUUGUAUGGGAGUCAGGGUCAAGGUGGGUACAAUCACUCCAUGAUGUACGGAGGCGGGUUCAACCGUUGGUGA